AUGAUAAACGGUGUAGUUGCCCAUGUCGAGUUGGAAAAUGAAAUUGUGGAAUGGACUAGCUCAAUUGCGAAUAGCUUAGCACUCAUUUGCAAUACAGUACACAAACGGUGUUGCGUUGCGUCAAAUGGCUCAGGGUAAGGUCGAGUAGCACAGCGUACGCACAAACAAGGUAGCGUUUCGUGAAAUGGCUCGGCAUAAUGUAGAAUGGUACAGCGUACACACAUAUGGUGUAGCGUUGCGUGAAAUGGUUCAGCGUAAUGUCGAAUGGUACAGCGUAGGUACCAACGAUGUAGUGUAGCGUGAAAUGGCUCAGCGUAAUGACGAAUAGUACAGCGUAAUGUCGAAUGGUACAGCGUGCACACAGAUGGUGUAGAGUUGUGUGAAAUAGCUCAGCGUAAUGUAGAAUAGUACAGCGUACAUACAAACAGUGUAGCGUUGCGUCAAAUGGCUCAGCGUAAUGUCGAAUGGUACAGCGUACACACAAAUGGUGUAGAGUUGCGUCAAAUGGCUUAG